CAGAGGUGUUGAUAUCAGAGAGCAUCGCGUAGAGUUGGCUGGAGUCGGCUGUAUGUCGUCACUCAUCGCCGUCGUGCCUCGAGCGAUGAGAUGGGUCAAUGGCGUCUCGCUAAUUACAGAAACAGCCUGAUCUGCUUCGGCAUCUUGUUCACUUUGUCAGUCACUUCCAGUCACUUCGCGGACUGGUUCACAGAGACCUGCGACCUGCUCCCGAGGCAUUUGCCUAACCGAAACCUAGCAUCGCGCACACUCCGUGUUAUGUCAGCUAUAUGUCAUCUUACUGCACGUGAUGUAAUACAUAAUAUUCUGAAUACCGACAAUUCUCUGUCUUGUUUGGAUUUACUAAACAGAUCUGGCGCAUGCAAGUCUCGGCACAGUGUCCCGAGCAGUAAACAAACCACCAGCAACAAACAGCAGACACAACCGCCAGAGAACCCGGGGUAUCGACGCAGCGGCAGGUGGUCAGUGUUAUCUAAUGAUCGGCGGGUAACGAAGAGCAGCCCAAAGCCGAGAUCCAAACCGAGGCGGCAGCCGUGGGUUUGUUUACUCGGUUCUUUAUCUGCACUCCAAACCCUUCUGCUCGCCGCACCUCACCGGCCCAGCACGCCUCUCGCUUGACAAGUCAUGUUCCUAAACUGGCCGUGUUUACAUAAUAGUCUCUACCUUGGCUCAAUAAACAACUCCUCGCCAAUCUGCUCCCGACUUCCGUCUCCCCUAAUUCUCUGUCUCUUGUUUAUCUCUCCAUAGAUCAUCUCUCUUCCCUCUCUCCGACCUCUCUGCAACCCUCUCUGCAACCCUCCCAUCAUCCUGCGCACAAUGUAGGUUUGCUCUCUGCUUUCUCGCCGGCGAUCUUCCCGCAAAUCCCUCUUCCAUCCUAUCUUCAUCCUAUCUUAUCUGACACUGACACCUCCUUUUCCCCAC